CAUUGUCAGCGCAAAGCCAGGCAGCCAACAGUACCUUUUCCAGCAACCAUGGCAAAGAGUGUUGCAGUUAUUCUCUCAGGAUGCGGGGUGUAUGAUGGCACAGAGGUCCAUGAAGCCUCUGCUGUCCUGGUCCAUCUGAGUCGCGCUGGAGCAAAAGUGGAGAUGUUUGCUCCUAAUACAGAUCAGAUGCACGUUGUCAAUCACUGUGAGGGAAAACCCACACAGGAGAAACGAAACAUCCUGCAGGAAAGCGCCCGCAUAGCCAGAGGUACUGUGACUGACCUGGCCAAGUUGGAUGUUUCUAAAUUUGAUGCAGUCAUCAUUCCAGGGGGGUUUGGUGUGGCUAAGAACCUGAGUGACUGGGCAGUGAAGGGGAAGGAUUACGCCAUCCAGCCCCAGGUAGAGAAGCUCAUCAAGGCCUUCCACCAAGCUGGCAAGCCUCUUGGCAUGUGUUGUAUCUCCCCUGUCCUGGCUGCCAAAGCCCUGCCUGGCUGUGAGCUCACCGUGGGCCAGGACAAGGAGUGCGAAAGAUGGCCGUACGCGCAGACAGCCAGCGUCAUGAAAGAGAUGGGCUGCAAACACGUGAAUAAGAAUGUGGGGGAAGUGCAUGUUGAUGUGAAAAAUAAGCUGGUCACCACCUCUGCCUUCAUGUGCAACGCUCCCAUUCAUGAAGUUUUUGAUGGAAUCGGUGUGAUGGUUAAAGCGGUGCUGGAACUGGCUUAAAGGAUGUGGGAUGUUACAUUAGGCGUUUGUAUGGUUUACCUCAAUAUUAUCCAUUAUCUGUGAUUUUACUAUAAAGUUAGUGCACCAUUUCUGCCUCUCAAACUGCACAUUCAUCUGACGCUGUCUUUUAUGUGUCUUAAAAUAUUCAAUAAAAGUUUAAUUACUGAAAAA